AUGGGUUUCUUCAACCGUCGUCGCGCCGACGGCGCUGGAGCUGGGGCUGGGGCCGGCAAUGUUAAUGGACACCAUCGAGAUCGACGUGCCUACGAUACCGUAGGUUAUCCUAUGGCGGUCCGACCGAGUUUCGGGCAGUGGCUGAAAGUCACAUGGAUUGAUAUUAUUACUAUGAUUUGCAUGGGUGCUAUUGGGCUUGGUGUAUACGAAGCGCAUCCAGCUCCCACUCGAUCCUUCGCCGUGACCUUCUCCGAUGGCGAAGUUGUCUAUCCCGAAUUCGCAUACCCGCUGCGAAAGGAAAUUGUUCCUAUCUGGCUAGCAGCAUUCCUAGCAGCCGUCAUCCCGAUCGUCAUUAUCUUGUUGAUGCAGAUUCGAGUGCGCUCAUUUUGGGAUGUCAACAACGCGAUUAUCGGAUUACUAUACUCACUAAUAACAGCGGCCGUAUUUCAAGUAUUCCUAAAAUGGCUGAUUGGUGGCUUGCGCCCGCAUUUCCUAGCUGUCUGCCAACCCGACAUUACUCUCGCAAGCAACGCGCCGGGUGUAAAAGGCGCUGGUUACAAUGCUGCUGGUUUCAACAGCAUCUACUACACGAAGGAGAUCUGCACCGGUGACGAGAAAGAAAUCAACGAUUCCCUCGAGUCAUUCCCUUCAGGUCACAGCACCGCUGCAUUUGCCGGUUUUAUCUACCUAUACUUGUACCUAAACGCCAAGUUAAAGGUCUUUGCUAACUACCACCCCGCUAUGUGGAAGCUUGUCGCCAUUUACGCCCCAGUACUCGGCGCGACCCUCAUCGCGGGUGCUUUGACGAUUGACGAAUUCCACAACUGGUACGAUGUGGUAGCAGGCGGCAUUAUCGGCACUGUUAUGGCGUUUUCGGCAUAUCGCAUGUGUUACGCAUCGAUCUGGGAUUGGCGCUGGAACCACAUUCCCCUACACCGAGGACAGGCUUGCUUAUACACAUAUGAUGGCGUUGAGCUUAUGGAUGCGCUCUUCACGAGACGCGCUGGAUGGGGUGCUGGUGCUGCAAAUGGCUUUGGUGGUGGUGCGCAUGCUACGAAUGCACAUGGUGGUGUGACGGGUUUCCAUAGGAAGCCGGAAGAGAAUAUCUCUUCGGACACAUGCCUGGUUUGUCGCAAUUUUGAUCCCGAUUUAGCACCCCGCAUCACCAAAAAGGAAGAUACGAUCUUCUCGAUUGAGCCCUUCGGCUUCUCGUUAGGAGUGAAAGAAGAGCCCGAUAAUAGCCUCGCCCUCUACGAAAUAGACAAGCCAUUGUUCGAAGUUGCGACACAAGCAAGGCGGGGUUGUAAGGCGUGCGAAGUACUAUUACACUCAUUUAUCUUCUCAUGGAACACCAGCGCAAAAAUUGAUCCUGAGCGAAAUUCUAUGAGGGCAAUGACGGAUGCCGUUCAGUCACUCUACCUGCAUGCUAAAUUUUCGCCUGGGAAGCAUGUAUCAGUUCAUAUCGUGGUACGAAAUGCUUCGCAAAGCGAGGGAACUACGUUUUUCUCGCGCAAUAGUGUGCUCUUCUACCAACUCUUCGCUCCUUUCAAUAAGCUAAAUCCUUGGGACAUGAUUGGCCAGCUUGAAUAUUCACCACGGAGCGUUUUGAAUGAUGGAUAUCGUGAUUUUGCACGAAAUUGGAUUCGCCGUUGCGCGGAAGAGCAUCCUUACUGCGGGGCACUCACCCCUAGAAAAAUGCCUAAGAGGCUCGUGAACGUGGAGCAUGAGGAUGAUACUAUCUACCUAGAACAAGACGUCACCGAGCCGUCACCGUAUAUCGCAUUAAGUCAUUGUUGGCAGUUUUCGCAGCCGUUGAAGAUGACCCGAGAUCGGCUGAAGCGAACGGGAACUUCCAUCCGCCUCGAAGAGCUAUCCCCUACGUUACGCGAUGCUGUUCGGAUAGCAAGAUGGCUGAAAGUUCGCUACCUGUGGAUAGACUCACUUUGUAUAAUACAAGAUGACAAGAAAGAUUGGCAAGAACAGUCAGUCCAGAUGGGCAAUAUCUACAGGCAAUCCUACUUCACCAUAGCAGCACACGUCGACGUUAAAUCCCCAUCUCCGGUUCAUGGUUGUUUUCUCGAGCGCGAUAACUUCUACGAACUUCCCCACGAGGGUCAUUCCGGCGAAAAGUUCCAUACUCUAGUACGAGGAGACUUCACCCACAGCGAAGAUCCCGCCACUUCUGUUAGUCUGAUGGGUAGAGGAUGGUGUUUUCAGGAACGGCUAUUAGCUUCUAGGAUUAUUCACUUCCGACCGGGAGAGAUUUCGUUCGAAUGUUUUUCCGGCACUGCGUGCGAAUGCGACAUAUUAUUACCCCACGAUAGUCGUCCUUGGGGUAGAGUUCCUUAUGACUCAAUCAAAGGAGGACUUGGAGAAUUUGCUACUAUCACGGAGUCUGGUGGGGGUUAUUUGCCUCCAGACACGAAUCAAGACUUGGAUGUUAAAAAAGCAUGGACAACAUGGAACGAUGUUGUGUCGAAGUAUGCCGCUGCCGAUUUCACAUUCAAAACAGAUCGGCUACCCGCACUGGCCAGUGUUGCCAGUCGAAUGCCUCAACGAGUAUUUGGCAGUUAUAUAGCCGGUCUUUGGACGCAGGACUUGAUUCUGCAACUUUUAUGGUCUCAUACUACACACGCUGGAAGACGCUUCCGCGAUAAGCCGUACGUUGCGCCGUCUUGGAGUUGGGCAUCUGGGUCGGGGCCGGUCGACGCGUGGUUUCGAUGGCGACACCCCGGGCCUGGGAAUUCCUAUCAUAUAAUUGUCGCGAAGGUUCGUGGGAAAAACCGUGAGCUUGCAACCUCGGAACCCUACGGCCAGGUCCGGGAUGCAUCAAUCCGAUUAUAUGGGAGAGUCGCGCCGGUGAGAUUAUGUAUUCCUCCUUUCAAGCGGAUGUAUUGGAUCCUCAAAGCACUCUUACCAAGUCGGGUUUUCGAAUCAUUAUCUGGCAUUUCCCGGGUGAUUGAAACAAAGCUGGACCGGCUCGGGAGAAUGCUGAAUUUCGGGUCUCGGGCACUACGUUCCGUGCGCGAUUUUGCGUGGCGUGUGUCACAAUACAUUUUCACAAUGAAUGCUACCGAACAUGUAGCGGAUAUAGCGCAACUAGCGAGAACCAAUAAACCAUUCCAAAACUUAGAUGGAUGGACUGGCGUGGCUACCGCCGAUACCGAAGAAGACGAACCGAGAAUGGCGCUCGAAAGCCUCAUUGCUAUUGAACUUGUCGCUUACAAACCCGACUUCUCGGCUUCUUUAGAAAAUAGCGGCAGGAUACAAGUCGGCGCUUUAUUGUUAGCACCCUCAAAAACAAAGAAGGGCGCGUAUGACCGUGUAGCCCUCAUAGAAUUCCAAAGGGAUAUUAAGGGGGAUGAGUCAAUACGUACCGAAGAGUGUCAGGAGGAAAAUCUCAGGAGACUAAAUGAUUGUUUCACCGGAUGUGAAGAAAGAGAGAUCACAAUAGUAUAG